AAAGCCGCGACUUUGACCUUGGACUUUCUCUUCGCCACAAGUUUCCAUUAGUACCCCUCUGCCAUUACUGAAUUGGUCCUCCUGUUGUUGCCCCAAAUUCCGUCGACCUGUUUUCCUCCGCUUCUCAGCUCAAUCGAUAUCGUCGAAAAUGAUCCGAUUCAUUCUGCUCCAGAACAGGCAAGGCAAGACUCGUCUGGCCAAAUACUACAUUCCCCUCGAGGAAUCCGAGAAGCAUAAGGUGGAAUACGAGGUUCAUCGGUUGGUCGUGAACAGAGAUCCGAAAUUCACUAACUUUGUGGAGUUCCGCACCCACAAAGUUAUCUACAGGCGAUACGCAGGAUUGUUUUUCUCCUUGUGUGUUGACAUAACAGAUAAUGAACUUGCAUAUCUUGAGUGCAUCCAUUUAUUUGUCGAGAUACUUGACCAUUUCUUCAGCAAUGUUUGUGAGCUAGAUUUGGUGUUCAAUUUCCACAAGGUACGUCAUUUCACUUGUAUAUAAUCUUGUUUUUUUCACUUUGAUGGUUUUUUCCUGUGUGUAAUCUUGCAUUUGGCCUUUCAAUCUUUUGUUUUGCCAGUCAAAUCGUUGUGCUCAACCUUAGUGUAAGGUUUGGCGGAUCGACAAAUUUGACUUUCCCUUUUCACUUGUCACUUUGAAGAUCAAUCACAAUAUUAAUUACUAGUCACAGUUCAACUUCAACAUCUUCAGUCCAUUCUGGCCCUUAGUUACUUUGACGUUUUCCAAACCUUGUAUGUGCCAUGACCAUAUGUAAUGCCAUGUGCAAGUCGAAGUGCUUUUUGGCUGUUGGUGCUAAUGGAAUGAAAUCCUUAACAAACACGAUCAAUACUUUGGUUGCAUCAGAAUUUGACGGGAAGGCUUAUUCGAUUUUGCUCUGUGGCUGUCACAGGGGAAUAGCUUGUGCAUAAUGUGUAUUUGACUGGACUUUUAGCUGAGAGCUAUACUAAUAAUGUCAGAAGGCAAAAUCUGUCUUAACAUGAAUCUGACUUUUAUAGGCAAAACAUGAAUCUAAGCUUUUACUUAUGUAACCAUUUGAAACUUUUGCGUGAUUUUGGAUUUUGGGAACCUCGGGGUUCAAUUUCACUAAACGUUGAACUGUUUCUGCUUCUGUCUUGAAGGUGUAUCUGAUUUUAGACGAGUUUAUUCUUGCCGGGGAACUUCAAGAAACAAGUAAAAAGGUAAAUCUUGUUCCAGACCUCUGUUACCUCUUCGAUGAGUGACAAUUUAUCAUGGUUGUGUGAGAUUUUUAAAGCUCAAAAUGGCAUCCCUGAAUCUUGCAUUUAAGUUUCUUCUUCAAUUGUCCUAGGCUAUUAUAGAGAGAAUGGGAGAAUUGGAAAAGCAGGAGUAAGGAUUAAUUUUGCAGCAGCAGUUUCAUGCUCUCAAGAAUUACCCCGCGGCCUUUUUUCUUUUCUCUCUCGUUUUUUUUGCUCUUUUCAUUUACUUUACGUUUGUUCAUCUCAUUACAUGGAUAGCUUCUUGUUUCAGCCUUUUAUUGUGUAUAGUUCUUCUGUCAUAGUCCUGUUGGAGGUGGUUGUGCAUUUCUGACAAUUUCUCUCUAAGGAUAUCUUUAUACUGUGUAUUCAUUGAUUUUUGAUGGGUUUGUGCGUUUCCAAGUUUCUUUGUUUGGGAUUGAAUAGCCUCGGAAGCAACCUUUUCCUUUUAGUAGUUGGUAAAAGAAAGCCACAAGCUUCCGGUGUAGUCUGUUGGAUUCCAUAUACUUGGUCGAGAUAUGUCUUGCCAAAGCAAAACGUAACGGAAACAAACUAAAACAAGUUUAUUUGGUAUUCAAGAUUUACUAUGUUUUGAAUGAUUUCCAACAUAUUAUGAAUGAAAUUUUUCUUCGCAAAAAAAAAAAAUCCCAGUGAUAGUUAAGACUAAACAAAGAAGAUGUACCGUAUAUGUAUAUAUAUCAUUUGUGAAACUAAUUCUAAUGUUUCAACACAAACAAUUUUUAAAUUUUAACCCAUUAAUACGAAAUACGAUUGGUUGUGUUUCUACUAUUUCAUGGAUCUCUUGAAAUGGUUCUGUUUUGAGAUACGCAAAGUUCAAAAUGUGAUUUCAAUCUGUGAAUUUUUUAUUUUUUUUUUUCUACGUUUUUAACCAAAUAAAUUUACACAAAUUGAAUGCAUACGGACGAUGAAUUGAUGUAUGGAGUUGGUUUUUCAGCCUUGUCUGUUUCCAAUUUUGGUGGGGGCCGGUGGCCAUUCUUUUUGGAAGGAAUUUUUUUGGGCCUACUUUGAGGAUUCAAAGCCUACUUUCGAAAUACUUUAUAGCGCCUCAGACUGAACCUUUCCUUUCUUUUUUUUUUUUUUUUGAGAAUUUCAAUUCUUUUCCUUGUCAAUUUUUUUAAAAUUAUUUUUUGACGAAACAAGU